UAUCUGGAACGGUGUUACUUGAAUACCAAAAACAACUAUAUUUUUUGUUCUAAACCAAAAGCAGCAUGGACCAAAAUAACCAAAUCUAAACAUAUCACAUUUCUCUCACUCAUUAUUUAUACAGCUCAGUUGUUUCUCUGUUUCACUUGAGCUUGCUCAUUUCACUCUACAACUCUCUAUUUCCACAAUGUACAAUCUCAAAUCAAAAUCUCCCUUUCUUCUCACUCUCUUAGCUGUUUCCGCUAUCGUUUCUCUUACAUUCAUAACCUCGUUCUCAAAAAACUCAAAAUCAUCGUCGAAAACAAUACACAUCCAUGUCCACAAAAACAUCCAACUAGCACAUUCACAUUGUGCAGACACACGUUAUCCGCAACUCUGUGUCUCCACUCUCUCUGUAAUCCCAAAUCUAGCAGAAAAAUCUGUUGCACAAAUAAUUUCUUCUACUAUAAAUGUUACAGUUCGUGAAGUUAGAGCUUCUGCGCGAAACUGUAGUGAUAUUCGCGAAGAUUUGCCUGAACUUGAAACUUAUGAAAUACGUGCACUCGAAGAUUGUAUUCAGCUCUUGGAUAACACUAUCAGUGAGCUUAAAACUAGUCUCAUUGAUCUUUCCCCAAAGGGAUCUCCGUCUGAGAGUUACAAUGAUUUACAAACUCUUCUUAGUGCUGCAAUGACUAAUCAGGCAACUUGCCUUGAUGGCCUUGCACGUAGUAAGAAGAAUUUAAGACGAUAUGUUCAGCAUCGCUUGCAUACAAUUACUCACCACGUGAGCAAUUGUCUAGCAAUGCUGAAGAAAUUGAAGAAAACAUCAACCUCAUCUUCAAAAUCUCAGGAGAUUUUCCCUGAAUAUGGAACCGUACGUAACGGUUUCCCAAAAUGGAUUAAGAGGAGAGAUAGAGCACUUCUUCAAGCGCCAAUUAAUCAGACGAAAAUCGAUUUGGUGGUAGCUCAAGAUGGUACGGGGAAUUUUAGCACGAUUAACGAGGCAUUAAGUGUAGCUCCAAAUGCUAGUAGAACAAGAUUUGUUAUUUACAUUAAGGCAGGAGCAUAUUAUGAAUACAUUGAAGUAGUGAAAAAGAAGAGCAUGAUAAUGUUCCUUGGAGAUGGGAUAGGAAAGACAUUAAUAAAGGGAAAUCGUAGCGUUGUUGAUGGAUGGACUACUUUCCGAUCUGCUACCGUAGCUGUGGUGGGAAAUGGAUUUUUAGCAAAGGGCAUAACAUUUGAAAACUAUGCUGGACCAAGCAAGCACCAAGCUGUUGCAGUUAGAAGUGGCUCAGAUCUCUCUGCAUUCUACCAAUGCAGCUUUGUGGCAUAUCAAGACACACUCUAUGUCCAUUCUCUUCGACAAUUUUAUCGCGAUUGUGACGUAUAUGGUACAGUAGACUUUAUAUUUGGUAACGCAGCAGUCGUGUUACAAAAUUGCAGCUUAUAUGCGCGUAAACCAAAUGAGAACCAAAAGAACAUAUUCACUGCUCAAGGAAGAGAGGAUCCUAAUCAGAACACUGGGAUUUCAAUCUUGAGUGGCAAAAUUGCUGCUGCUGCUGAUCUAAUUCCAGUACAAUCUUCGUUUAAAAAUUACUUAGGUCGACCUUGGAAAGAAUAUUCAAGGACAGUUUUUAUGCUAGCACAUAUUGGUAGCUUGAUUGAUCCUGCUGGAUUUUUAGAAUGGAAUGGUACAUUCGCGUUGAGUACACUUUAUUAUGGAGAGUAUAUGAAUCGAGGACCAGGUUCGAAUACUAGUGCUAGAGUGAAUUGGUCUGGUUAUAGAGUCAUUAACAAUUCUGCUGAGGCCAGUCAAUUUACUGUGGGGAGUUUCAUUGAAGGAAAAGAAUGGUUACCUGAUACUGGAUUUCCAUUUUAUCUUAAUUUAACUGCUUCUUGAUUAAUUGUUUGGAUUUGAAAUGGGAUUAGUUUGUUUCAGUCUUGGAAGUAUUUAGUUCCUUAAUCUGAGGAAAUUGAGAUCAAGAUUAAUGUAGCAUGUAAUUCUUGAGAAAGUUAAUGUUGUAUUAUUGAUAUUACUACUUGUUAUUUACGAAAAGAUUGGACUGAAAUUCAAUGUACUUAGUUACCUAAUAUGAAAUUGGUCUCGAUCUAAUGUA